AUGGGUGGAGUUGAGUUUGAAGGCACUGUUGACCCUAUAGAUGCCGAGCAGUGGUUGGAAUGGAUUGAAAGAGUGUUCGAGCUGUUAGAGUGUUCAGACACUGCCAAAUUUAAGUAUGUUGUCUCAUUGUUACAAAACGAUGCCUAUGAUUGGUGGGUAAGUAUACCGAAUGUCAGGGCAAAACCUCCUGUUCUUAUUUGGAAUGAUUUUGUGAAAGAAUUUUAUAAGAAGUAUGUCCCACCUGCUUAUCAUGAUGUAAAGAAAAAAGAGUUCUUAAAUUUUGAGCAAAGGAGUAUGUCUAUCGCUGAAUAUCAGCAGAAGUUUCUUAGGCUGUCCUGCUAUGCUAGGGGUAUUAUUAAUAACGAAAAAGAUAAGUAUAGUCAAUUCAAAGACGGUUUGAAUGAUUCUAUUAGAAAAUCUGUAGUAGUCCUACAACAUGAAAACUUUUGUAAAUUAGUUUUAGCUGCUCUUACUUGGGAAAGGAUCGACAAGGAACAAGCUGGUAAAAAUGAACAUAAGUUCAGGAAAGCUUAUGCAGAUUCGGGAUGCCCAUCUAAAAGGGGGAGGUUUAACAGUUACCAAGCUAAUACUUUUUGCAAGUUAGCCCAACAUAAGCAGAAUAGAUCAAGUUCCUUUACUGUCAGCACUCUAAGCUAUGGCCGAGAUAAGACUCGCAUACACACCUGUGCACAAUGUGGAAGGAAUCACUUUGGUACUUGUAGAAGAGUUUUUGGAGCUUUUUUUAAUUGUGGGAGCUUCGAUCAUAAGGUGAGGGAUUGUCCUAAUCCUAACCCCACUUCUUCUCCGCGCACGGAAGGCUCAGUUCAAAAACCUGUUACCACUCCUUCUCAAGGGAAUAGAGGUGCUAUAUUUAGAAAUCCACAAGCAACAGGUGCAGGUGCAGCCAAUCUAGCUGGUGGGUCAAGAGCUACAGUACGAGCUUAUGCGAUGAGAUAG